UCCCACUACUCGUGUAUUUGGCAAGUACGCCAAUAUUUGCGUACUUGCCAAGUACACCAAGGUUCGAAUUCAAUUUAUAAAUAGGGCGCUCCCACUACUCCUGUAUUUGGCAAGUACGCCAAUAUUUGUGUAUUUGGCAAUUACAGCAGGUUUCGUUGCCUCUCGGUCUUCAGUGUUUGUUUUCUUUCCAUCAUGGAUAGUCGCGUAGUCGCUUCAGCAGCGUUUGUGGUAUUGAGUGGCUGCAUGAGAAGAAUUAAAGCUCAUCAAGUUCAGAAAGCAAAAAGAAAAAGAAGAUGGUGGAUGACUUCUUUGAGCAGAAGUCGAGAGAGGUAAGUUAAUACCUCUAUCUGUCCUGAUCUACCAAAAGCAAAUACCAUGCCUUUAUAUUCUCAAGAUUGAUACACUGGUCAAAAUUAUUUUUUUGCAGGUACAAUGUCUCCAUUAUGAUAGAGGACCUGAUUCGAGAACCGUCAGGAAGGUUGGAGAAUUUCCUGCGAAUGUCCUACACCGACUUCGAAUUUCUACUGAAUGAGGUGGGACAUAUGAUAGGGAAAAAAGAUACUCAGCUGAGGAAGGCAAUUUCAGUUAAGGAAAGGUUCUGCGUUGCUCUCAGAUUCUUCGCUAGUGGUGACAGUUUCGUGAGUUUGUCAUACCUCUUCAAAUUUUCACCACAAACUGUAUCCCGGUGCGUUUUCGACGUUUGCGAUGCAUUGAUUAGCGUUCUCAACCAUCAAAUAAAAAUGCCGAGAAGUUCAAAUGAAUGGAAAAAAAUUGCAAUUGAAUUCGAGAAUAGGUGGAAUUUCCCUCAUUGCUUGGGAGCUAUAGACGGGAAGCAUAUACUGAUUCAGAGCCCAAUGAAUAGUGGAUCAGAUUUUUUUAAUUACAAACACACUUUCAGUGUUGUUAUGAUGGCACUUGUGGACGCCAAUUACAUGUUCACAUAUGUGGAUAUUGGAUGCCAAGGCCGUAUAAGUGACGGAGGUGUAUUCCGCAAUACCGUUUUGGGCAGAAAACUCGAAGAAAAUAGACUGAUGUUACCCAACGAUGAAACUCUACCCAAUCAUACUCAAACUACUUUUCCUUACGUUUUCGUCGCAGAUGAUGCUUUCGCUUUGGGACCCCAUUUAUUAAAACCAUUCCAAGGAGUCUACGAAGCAGGCAGCGAUGAAAGAGUCUUCAAUUACCGGUUGUCUCGUGCUCGGCGCAUUGUUGAGAACGCAUUCGGAAUGCUAGCGUCGGUCUUCCGGGUGUUUAGAGCACCUAUGCUACUACAACCCGACAAAGUCAGCAAAGUAGCAAUGACUUGUGCACUGCUUCACAAUUUUUUACGGAGCAGUAAAGACUCUUCUGCUACCUAUGCACCGCCAGGCGCUAUCGAUACGGAGCAAGACGGCACAAUUAUUCCCGGCACAUGGCGAAGCGAUGUACAAAAUAUGACAUCUUUCCUACCCCUCAAAAAAAUACCAAGAAAAGCUGGUCGUGAGGCUCAGGAAAUAAGGAAAUUAUUUUGUGGCUAUUUCAAAACUACUGGAAAGGUUCACUGGCAGGACCGUUACUGUUAAAUAUUCAUUGUAC